AAAAUAAUUUAUGCUAAUAAGUACAUAACGGUAUUAAUGAAAUUUACUACGACUUUAAAAAUUUGAUAAAAUUUACAUCUAAAUGCAAUUAAAAGUACUGUCAAAUGGUCCAACUUGGGGUGGUGUUUAAACUCAGUAAGUUAAAUAUCCAUUAUUGUUUUAGUCGUAUCAAUCAUUAAUAGAACUAGUGAAAUAUUUGCAAGUAUUGUUAAGGAACACAAAAUGUUUGUUCAUAAAAAUUAAGUGAUGAAAUCUGUAAAAUAUUUAGCUAGAACAAGCUUAACUACUGUCUUAGUUGGCAAAUUUGACUGUAUUACUAUUUAAAUUAAUCGUCAAUUUUAGUUAAUUAUAUUUCUCAUUUCAAGUAAAGUUAAUUUUUACACUGGUUUAAUAAUAAUUAUAAAAAAACGAUUUUUUAUUUAAGACACAACCAUAGCAACUUUUUAUCAACAAGAUAUUUAUAUAAGUAUAAAUAAGAUGGAUUAUUAAAAAUUUGACAGAAUUUUUCACAAUCUGUGAAGUAUUCUAUUAUAUAUCUUAAACUGAGCUUAAGAAACGCAUGAAAUGGAUAAAGAAUAUUUUAUUAAGUGUUAUUGUCUAGGUGUUUUGGGUCUUAGAUCAGUUAAUCAACCGGAUAUUUCUCAAAAGAUAAUUUUAACUCCAACGGGUCCAUUUAAAGAUCUUUUUGAAAAGAAUAAUAGUAUAAAGACUGGAUAUGAAAAUUUUUUCUUAAAAAAAGGCUUGAUUAAAUUAUUUCCAAACAAGGACUUUGACAUCGUUAACAAAAAUAUCGUUUGUUUGAAAUGCUACCAGCAAUUUCCUUCCAAGAAAAUUUAUCGUGAUCAUGUGGGAACCAUUAAAUGUUCUAUAAUACCUGUAGAGCCAAAUCCCAUUUACUUAAAGUACAAAUAUAAGCCAGGAAGACGAAAGCGCUUGCCGAAUUCUAACUUUAUAGAUCCAGAAAUGCUAUUUACCUUGCAAACAAGGAAUAAAACCUAUUCUAGUUCAAUAAAUGAUAAGACUGAUAAAAAAGUCAGAUCAAAUAUUAGAUUUAAGAACAAAAAAAGAGCUGUUAGACCUAAAAAAACUGUAAAUAAUACUCAAGUCUAUUAAAUUUAAGUAAAAUCCAUGAUCAUUUUAGCUGAAAAAUUUUGGCUUUCAACUUAUACAGUGUUUCAAGAUUUUCAAAGUGAUCGAAACUAAAAAAAAAAUUAAUGCCAAACUUUGAAUUACAUACAAAUGAAAAUUAUCCUUAAGAAUUUUAAAGUUUUCAG